UUUUGCAAAGUCGUUGUUCCUCACUUGUGCUUGGGGCUCCAGAAAACAAGCAAGGAACCAAGUACCAUCUCACCCAGCCGCCAAUCCUUUCCAUAUGUCUUCUCCCGGCCACGGCGCCUCCUCCGCCGUGCAGGUGGAGGAGCAAUUCCUAUCCGCUGGUCGGAGCUCCGAGAAGCUGAGCCUUUCAACACUCCAAUCGAAGAUGAAGUGUGACCCGGAAGGCUACGUAUUGGAGCUCCUUCGACUCUGCGACCAGUUCAAUUCCUCCCUCGUGCUCUUCGAGCAACAAGCCGCCAUGAACUUCGCCUCCAUCACCGGCAUCGGUGGCGACCCCACCGUUGCCAAAGACCUCGGCGAUAAGGCAAUGUUCCUCGCACAGGUCACCCCUUUCUACCCCAAACACCUCAAAGAUUUCCCCCAAAAACUCGCCAGUUUGAUCCGUUGCGCCUCCCGCAAUCUCCCGUCGGGGCUCCGCUGCCGCCUCGCCCAAGCUCUAAUUCUCCUCAUUAAUCGGAAGAUUGUUGAUAUUGGCGAAACUCUGUCGUUGUUCAUGGAGCUUCAAACCUUAGGUGACAGGACGUUGAAGAAGCUGGCAUUUGAUAACGUCAUUCACAGUAUUAAGCGCAUGAACCAGAAGCAUAAGAACGAAGCGAAAAACCGGGCUCUGCAAAAUGUCUUGUUUUCAAUGCUGCAGGAAGAGGAUGAAGUGCGAGCUAAGAGAGCGCUCGUGACACUGUGUGAACUUCACAGAAGAAAAGACUGGUUUGACGAGAGAACAGCUAAUGCAAUUUGCAGUGCUUGUUUCCAUCCAGCACCAAGGAUCAUGAAAGCGGCUUUAUCGUUUCUACUAGAUUAUGAGAAGAUUGAAAAUGAUUCAGACAGUGACAAUUCAGACAGUGAAGAUGAAACCAAGGAGUCUACUCAAGUCAUCCUUAGUAAGGAGACAAUUUAUAAGGCACACCACCAAGGAACAGCAGCUAGCAAAAAGAAAAAGAAAGCCAAACUAGAACGUGCCAUGCGCAGCAUCAAAAGGAAGCAACGUUUGUCAACUGAGAGGAACAAUAACAGUUAUUAUUCACCACUUAACCAUCUGAAAGAUGCACAGGGUUUCGCUGAGAAGCUGUUGUCACGUUUACACAAAUGUAAUGAAACAUUUCAGGUUAAGCUGAUGUUGAUAAAAUUGAUUGCUCGAACUGUUGGGCUUCACCGGUUAAUUUUGUUAGACUUCUAUCGAUUUCUUCAGAAAUAUAUUCAGCCACGUCAACAAGAUAUUACAAAUUUGCUUGCUGCAGUGGUUCAGGCUUGCCAUGACAUGGUUCCUCCUAAUGAAGUUGAGCCCUUGUUCUAUCAAAUAGUAAAUGAGUUUAUACAUGAUCGCUCUCGUCCUGAGGCUAUGACUGUUGGACUAAAUGCAGUCCGGGAAAUAUGUAUGCGGAUGCCAUUGUUAAUGAAUGAAGACUUAUUACGAGACCUUGCUCUGCAUAAGAAAUCACAUGAGAAGGGAGUUUCAAUAGCAGCUCGAUCUCUGAUUGGCUUAUUCAGGGAGGUUAACCCUUUAUUGUUAGUUAAGAAGGAUCGUGGCCGGCCUAUGGACGCCAAGGCAAGACCAAAAUCAUAUGGAGAAGUUAGUGCUGCAACUGAUGUUCCCGGUGCUGAAUUCUUGUCUAUUGUACACAAUGAUGAUGAUCAGGAGGGUAGUGAUUCCGAUGAUUCUGUAGGCAGUGGCUUUGACAAUGACCAGGAAAAUGAUCUGAUGACUACCAAUGAUGAUGAUGAGAUAAGUUCUGAUACCAAGACUGGUGAGAGUGAUGAGGAUGAUGAUCUUGAAGAUAUGGAGAAUGACCUUGAAGACAGUGAACAGGAUGACGAAGAGGAUGGUGAGGUUUCCGAACAGGAAGAUGAUGAUGUGCAUACUUCUUGUGAUGAUGAAAGUGUAGGUGCAAAUAGUAGAAAGAAAGACUCAGCAAAGAAAAGAAAGAUUGCUGAUUUUGAUGAUCAGCUUUUAGCUGCUGAUACAAGUCUCCGGGCUUUGAAGAAAUUGGCAGGCACAACAAUGGGGCAUGCACCCCUUCCAGAAUCUACAGAUGGUAUUCUAUCCAAUGAGGACUUCAAGAGGAUCAAGGAACUAAAGGAAAAACAUGAAGCAAGAAACACAUUUGCUCAGCAUGGGCUAGCACGUUCGGCAACAAUUAAGGUUCCAGAUUCUGAUAGACUAAGUUUGAAGCGAGUAGAUGGCGCGACGCUUGAAGUUCAUGUAAAGAAAAGGCAAAGCAAGGAAGAAAAGUUGGCAUUGGUUAAAGCAGGAAGAGAGGAUAGAGGAACAUACCAUUCUAAAACAGCUGUAAAGCAGAAAAAGACGGGUGGACUAAGCAACCGUCAGAAGGAACACAAGAAGAAAAUGCCAAUGGCUGCAAAGAGAAGCAAGAUCGCAAAAUCUCGCGUAGAGAAGAAGAAAAUGAAUCAGCGAGCAGGGAAACAGUUCCGAGGAAGGAAAGCAUGGAAAUGAUAAGUUAUACAUUUUUGCUAAUUUUAUUUGAUUUUUUGGUUAUGCCAAAGAACCAUUCUUAGCUUUUAAAUAACACCAUACAUUACCCCUAUGGCCCCUAUCCCUCUCUUAGCUUCCCAUUCGUUAAAGCCAAUUUUGAUUUUGUUUGAGAGCAUUUUUAAAUUCAUAGUAGUGGUUACUUUGCA